GGCCGGCCGGUGUCCGGGAGUCUCCGGAAAACCCCCAACGUCCGAUUUGGGACCCCGAAAAUCAGAGGGGAUCCUCCUUCCCUCUCGCACACCUGGGGAUCCGUUUCCUUGUACAAGCAGUGAGAGCUGCAGCCUUGGCAGAAGCCCCCAGACGGAGCGUAUAGAGCGCCCAGCCGAAAGCUAGUGAUGUCAUCCGUGCAACGUGAGCCUCAUUUCUGAUUUUUCUCCUCUCCUUAAAGAUAAACCGCACCACUCGACGGUAGAGGAAAACGCUCGGCGUUGGACUCUGGGCCCGGCCAAAGCCACGGGGAGCGCGUCGUCGUCCGGCCCCGCCAUGUCCUCCCCGUCGGCGUACGCCCUGCGCAUGGCCCGCCUGAGCGCGCGGAUCUUCGGAGAGGUCGCCAGGCCCACGGACUCCAAGUCCAUGAAGGUGGUGGCCCUGUUCAGCGAGCAGCCUUUGGCCAAGAGGAAGGAGACGUGGGACUGGUACCCGCCUCACAACACCUACUUCGCCCUCAUGAGGAAACUCCGCUUCUACGGCCUCUACAGGCCCGCCCUGUGGGGAAAAACAUCUCCCAGUGCCAAGGAGCUGCCGUCUGCCGAACCUGAAAACGGAGUCCUCGCAUUUGUGUUGCAUGCUUUGGAGAUGUACCGGGUUGUCAGGUGGCCAGAAUUCGGCCCAAAUUUUUGGAUGGAAACGAGGGAGAUGCUCAGACUGGAAACGAGUCCAAAAAGGAACCAAAAAGCCGACAAACACACGAAAGGAAGCAGAGAAGAACUGAACAAAUGGUGGGAACGAAAACAGGAACGUCAUCAAGCUAAACAGCCGCCAGGGCAGGGAGAGACGAACAUCAGGAUUUUAAAGAAGAGCAAAGAAGACUCAAGAAACUCCGAGGCAAAGGGAAGCCAAAGAAAGGAGAAGGGAAAAGAGCGGCCACAAAGAAAUAGGGUGGGACUCAACGGCAGAAGCCCCCCGGAAGGAGACGGCCCUGCCUUUGGGUGUCGAGGGGCCCCAGAACUCACGACGGUCAUAACUCCGGGAAAAAACCGGAUGACCUCCUUUAUCAGACUCGGAAUUUGCCGCUGGAUCCUCCAACACCUUUGACUAUCAGGGUUAUCCGGGUGGGAGUUUACAACCCUCCAUCGGGUUCCGGUAGAAAUCCCAAGUGGGUGGGGCUGUCUUUGUUCAGCGGCUCAUUUCGUAGCCAAAAUAAAAACCAUCCAACACAGU